AUGACUGCUGAGGUUUCAGCGGGUGGCAAUGGGUCCUUAGGUUGUAAAUAUUUGCUUUUACCUGCGUGGCUGACCUCAUUUUCUAAAUUCCACUUUUAUUUAAGGCCAGGUUGGAAACAUAAUAAACAACCGGAAUGCGGCUCGACUCUCCUUUGAACAGAUCUUGGUAAGUUUGUCGAUAAUAAUUUUUCUUCUUUCUUAGUAAACUUUCGAUCAUCUGAAACUAGUACCUGAAGAGCGUUCUGACUGGAAUUUAAUUUUGCGGUUACACAGCUGAGCUCAGAAUCAGCAACAUCGGUGUUUGUUGGUCGGCCGGUAGCAAAGGAGUUUGUUUUGUCAGAUAUGGUUGACUACAACUUCACCUUGAAGAUUGUUUUCAGAGGAAAGAGGUAUACUUAAUGUUUAGCUGAUGAUUCCGACUUUUUAUGCCGAAAGAUGCCUUGCAAUUAAUGUAAGAAAUUAAACUCGGCAGUUCCUGUUGUCCAAAAUUUGUAGAUCAGGCUUUAUGCGUCAAACGCCAGAAACGUUUGGACGGAAGAUUAAAUUGAGCAAUGACACCCAUGUGAACAUUUAACAAGUCAAGUCCAGCAGACGUACGCCUUCGACCAUUCCUCAUCAGGCCCGAGCAGUAAUAAAAUGGCGGGUGGAUUGGCAAAAGUUAGACAACUAAUAAGCAAUAAGUAAGGGGGGAGAGGGUUGAGGGCGUUCGGAGGUCAGGGGUCGGAGUCUAGUUCUGUCAGAGGCCUGAAGAGGGGGAGGGAAGAUUAAUGGUUAAGCGCAUAGCAGAGUUGUUUCGAUGACUAAUAUUACCUGGGCAUUUGCCUCCACUUUCUAGGGUGAUUUUAAACCUGCUUGUAUGACGAAGUGAAGUAGUCUUUUUUAUUCGAGGUAGAUCUCCACUACCUCGUUUUCAUUUGUUUUUGAUGCGCUUCCAGUAGAUCAUUUUGUUGAGUUGAAGCAACCGGCAAAUGCGGGGAAAUUUGCAGAAGAAACCUGAUGCUACGAGCCGCGAAAGUGUACCAUAUCUUUGAAAUUGGCAUUUAACGUUUGGGGGCGAUGCGGUUAUGUAGGCCCGCCUGAUGGACACAAUACUGUUGGGGUUGGAGUUAAGGGUUAGGGGUAUUGGUUAGGGAUUAAGGACUAUGGUUAGGGGUUAGGGUUAUGGAUUAUCGUUAGGGGCUAGGCUCAGGGGUCAUAGAUAGGAGAUAGGGUUAGGAGUUAGCGCAACUAUUUCUCAACCAUUCAAAGUACAACCGCGCAUUCCCAAUCACUUUUCCUUUACAUACAACUAAUUGACCUCGUCGCUUAUGCGUUCCCCGGCCCCACGUGUAAAAACCUCUAUUACCACCAGUCCCGUAUUUGAGGUGACUGGAGUCUGUCUACUUCAGGUGGGACUACAUAACCACAUCCAACCAACUUUUGACAUAAAUAAGUGCUUUCCAUCCCUUUACAAAUUUUAUAGGAAAUUUAAACAGAUUGUGUUGAAAGUCUCGCAUUUUACCUCACCUAUCUCUUCUAUCUGUAUAGUCUAAAGUGCUGAAAGUAUAAUUAGAUGAUUGGAUACUAAAGUCAAUAACUGUGGGCGGCGAUCUUGACGGCAUUGUAGUUUUGAAAAGCGCAGAACGGUUAAGUACAAAAUGUUCGAUACUUGAAAUUGGAUGUGAUCUGAAUUAACGCAUGCAGUUGCAAAUUCCCAUACGCUUCACUGAAACUGGACAGUUCGCCUAUAGUAAGCAUUCUUUUCUUCUAUCGAUUAACAGAUAAAACGAGAUUUUUCGUCAGCAAAAGUUAAUUUCUGUUUUCUUCUGUCUUUUUAUAUAGGAUAACGCGAAAUAUUACAUGAACACUCAUAAAGUCCCUAAAGGUCUCCGAACUCGGGUUCUCCGCUGGUACGACUACGCAUGGCAGAGGUUAGUAUUGGAUCAAACCUCGACAAUUUAGGCCUACUAAUUUGCUAAGGGAAAUUUUUAAAUUCUCAUUUUUGGCGCCUCUCCUAAACGUUCCACGUAACGGGUUAAAAUGAAAGUUACUUUCGCGUGGUAUCAACGGAGGUAGUUGUUUACGGCUCUCGAAGUUAAAGUGAAGGCUUACUCAUUGUAAAAUUCAUCAGUAGGUUAAGACCGGAAAGGUGAGUUCUGAAAUCUGAGUGGCAUACUAUGUUUGGAGUAAUUGUUGUAUGACAUUAGAAAUCACAGGUUAUAUUGUUAAAAAACCCUUGUGGAAAAGAACGGUCAGACAUGGGUAGGUAACCGCACCUGAGGUAAACAAGCCCCAGCAGCCUGUAAAACGAGACCAGUGGCAGUAGGUGUUUGUCCAGCUGGGGCUGGAGAACGUACGGGCGACGAGGUCAAAUAAUUGUAUUCAAAAGAAAAACUAGCGGGAAUGCGUGGUUAUACUUUGAAUGGUCAAGAAACAGCUGCCCUAACCCCAACCCUACGCCCUAACCCUAGGCCCCAAACCCUUAAUCCUAAUCCUAACCCCAACAGAAUAUACACCGCAACGCACAGCAACACCAUGCCGACGUAAUCACAGCAACUCAAAAUAACCAAGAGGUCAACAGUAUUGUGUCCAUCGGGUGCCGCUACAUCCCCAUAUCUUAUCAACAGAACUUCUAUUUAUCAAAAUUGACGGAUGCGUUGCAUCCAAAAUGAUUUCGAGUUUCUAAUAUAUGUAAAAACUGUGAAAUAUGUAGUUACAUUUUAAGUCAAAGAAUCAAGAAACUGGGUGGGGUUGACCCAUGAAUAAGAUGGUAGGUGAGCAAAGACGGCACAGAUAGACGUAAGAAGGAAUGCGAUGAUAGAACGCAGGAGUUUAAACGUACGUCAUUGUCGCGUCGGAAGCUGUGACAAGCACAGUUAACUUGCAUUUGGCUUUUCGCCAAAAAAGGUUCUGCAUACUUUCGCUUUUACAAAAAACCUCUCCAAAAAUUCCAUUGGCAUUUUCCUAUAAAUAAUGACAGUGAUAAGCGUUUUCUGACAUUUCGAGCAGGCGAGACAUGAGUUGGGUGGAGACUUGAGAACAUCUGACAGCCGAACACUUUCCCCGAAGUGAAGGUUGAACAGUCAUUGAAAGGAGAAAAACCCUGUCACACCUGAAGACUGAUGUGCAUCGGGAUUAAAAGUCUGAGAAAAAACACUUUAAGGUGUUUCAGGACUACUUCCUGGCAGUUGCAGUGAUUGUAAAUAUACUGCACUCACGUGCACUUAGUACACAUCUCGUUGUUUUGAGGAAAACUUUAUAGGCUUGUCGGGCACUGGAGAUUGGCAAAGUUACAACGGAUGAGUAUGGCAGUAUCUAAAAUCUGCCUCAGAAAGGACUGACUGUCGUCGGAAAUUUGAAAAAAACUACAACUUUUGCUCGGAACAACUUCCCAUGACACGUGACUUCUGCACAUUUUGGGGACAAGGACUUUCAAUUAUAUACAGCGCUUACGGGAGCCGUAGUUACCUAGAAAAGAUUUAUAAAUGUGUGCGGGCACGUAAAAAUUGAUAUUAUACCAAAGUGUUGCAGAAAGUUAAAUAUAACCUUCUGAUUCACACAAAACGAAACACUAGAGAGAAAUGUUACGUUGUUCUACUUAAUUUUAAUUGAAUAAUUAGUGGGAAAUAAGCUAGUCAACCCAUCUAAAACUUUUCCCGUUUUGGGUAUUUAGUCUCAUGACGUUUUGAAUGGCUCUUGGAGUAAACACACAGGUGGUUUACGGUCAUUGUAUAGCGUCUGAUAAAUCACCUGCAAUCGCUUGCAGCUGUGAUUUGUCCCGGGAAGACUCUAAUUAUCAUUUGCCAUUUACCAUUAAAUAGUCAGUCAGACUAUUUUUGACUUAAUAUACUGUACUUUUAUAUUGUCUGGAAAAAUAAUAUACUUUUAGGCGGCAACUCUUCGGUGAGAAUGACCUCAGUUCCCUUGGCCUUCUCCCGGACA